UCCGAGAUAAUCACGAUAGGGAAAAUUUCCGGGGAAUUCGACCGUGUGGGGACUGGCCGCCUCCCGGGUGUAUUUAAAGGCCUGGCGGUGAGGAGGUCUUCGUCAGAAUUAGCUCAGCCCUCUGCAGCCUUACUACUUGUGCUUUUGGAUACCACUUCACACGCCUCCUCCGCCAUGGCCGCCAACGGAAUUCUCUUCGCCAUCCUCCUCGUCUCAGUGGCCACUCUGACACAGGCCUCGCAGGUGACGCAGAAGGAGAAAGCGCGCCUUUUCGAUUCGGACUCCGAUAAAACCUCCCUUACCUUCGACGCUGGCACUGGCUUCAUUAUCCUGAUGGCCUUCCUCAUCGCUGCCGCCGCUGUCUUCUUUGGCUUCUUCCAGGCUGAUGCCCUCAAGUCCCCAGGCUAUGCCGCUCCUACCGCCUACGCCUCUCCCCCCGUCUACGCACAGGAGGAAAGUUCAUACUCAGUUCACCGUUCACUGGAAGACGCGGCCAACAAGUACCAGUAAGGAAGACCCACUGAACGGCCUUUUGGGGUUUGAAAGAAAGA